ACGUUCAGCAGCUGUCUCUCUUUCUCUGAAUACAAUAAUUCAAUUAAGCUAAGCAAACGAAGCACCCAUCAUCUUUGUACAGAAGAGAGAGAGAACAAAAACAGCAUAGAGACAGAAGACAUGUCUGCCUUUGAUACCUUCAGCGUCGACUCCGAUCACCAUCAAAACCACGCCGACGAAGACAACUUCUCCGGAUACGGCGGCUACUCCAGCUUCUCCGGCGGUGAUGUCCCCGUCGUCGACCACACUUCUCCGGCUGCAUCGCCGGACAUCUUCGGGUUCAGCGAUCCGGAUCCAAGCUACUCCCAGUCUCCCUUCGAACCGGUGCAUGUAGCAGAAAACGGUAACGGCAACGGCUACCACGACGACGGCGUUUUCGUCUCAGACGGACCGGUGCUUCCAGCGCCCGCAGAGAUGGGACCGGAGGAAGGUUACGCCCUUCGUGAGUGGCGCCGGCAAAAUGCCAUUCAGUUAGAGGAGAAGGAGAAAAGGGAGAAAGAAAUGAGAUCGAAGAUUAUUGAGGAAGCUGAGGAAUAUAAGGUGGCUUUCUAUGAGAAAAGGAAGCUUAAUGUUGAGACUAACAAGGUUCAAAACAGAGAAAGGGAGAAGCUAUACUUAGCUAAUCAAGAGAAGUUCCACAAAGAGGCCGACAAAAAUUACUGGAAAGCAAUUGGGGAGAUCAUUCCCCGUGAGGUUCCCAACAUUGAAAAGAGGAGAGGCAAGAAGGAUAAGGAUAAGGAGAAUAAGCCAUCAAUUACAGUUAUCCAAGGCCCAAAACCCGGCAAACCCACGGAUCUUGCAAGGAUGCGGCAGAUACUGUUGAAGCUGAAACACACACCACCCCCUCACAUGAUGCCGCCUCCACCUGCACCUGCCAAAGGCCCCAAAGAUGGCAAGGAUGCAAAAGAAACAGCAUCUAAAGAUGGGAAGCCUGCACCAGAAGGUGCACCUGCAUCGCAACCGAAGGAUGCUGCCACCAAUAAUGGCACUGCAGAGGUACCCCAAAAAGAAGCUCCUUCCACUGAGGAGCAAUCUGCUACAUAAUUCUGCACAUCACUUUGGCUCUCUCAGAACCUCAUUUCUGCUGUCGCCCUUCUCAGUGAAGUCUUUGCGGAUAUCUUUUGUUCUUCUCUUUAGUUUCUAUGGCUCAUUGGUUCGCUAUUUUUAUAUUUUUCAUUUUUACAACAUUAUGAUUUUGUAUCUAUCAAAAUCCAUUAUUUUUUACUUGCUUUGACCUUUGACCAUGGAAAUUCGGUGUUCAUCGGUUUUGAUACAACGAGAAUUUGUUUCAUAUUUGUGUGA